AGUGUGGCGGCAGACGCAGCGCGGGCUGGAAGUGAGCCUUCCUUCCCCCAGUAACCACCACUUCUUUCACCUUUCAGAGCUAGAGGCCUCCUGCAGACCAAUGUUUUUCGUAUAUCCCGCGGCUGGCAAGGACGGAAGAUGGGGAGAAAAUUCGACAUCCGAGAGUACUUGCUGCAACUCCAGUGGUCCAGAAAUGAGAAGAAGAAACGCAAACCCCCGCGCCAUUCCAAGACCCGCCACUGCCUCUACUCCCAGGACCCCGUGAAGGACGACCUCGUGUGGAAGUCUGUGGUGCGCGGAGAAGCGACGGCGGCGGAGCGUCGGAAACGAGACUACGCCUCUGCACAGCAACUCUAUCAACACCAACAGGAGCGGCUGUCCGUCACGACCAGUCAGGAGGGAAGGGAGGAAGAAGGGGAGGUCGAUGCACACCAUAAACUCCCCCAGCAGGCAACUCACGACCCGCCCCUCCCAGCCACUUCCAAUGGAUACAUCGGCUGGCGCUCCUCUGUACCACAACUGCAGCUGGAGCGAUUUGGGAACUUCACUUGAGUCUUCUAAACUCAGAGUUCUGAAUGGAACAACUGGGAUAAUCAGUACCGAGCUCUGCCCUGACGAAAAAAAAAAAAAAAAAAGAAUAGUUUGAAAAUACAUGUAACCAGAACA